UUCAUUUCCCGAGUCAAGGAAGGAGAAGAGCUUUCCGAGUCAGAAUACGAGUCAAGAGUUUCCUGGCACUACUGCAUCCCUCUCUAGACCAAUUUAUUUAAACGAUACCUCCCUGUUUGUCUAUAUAUCUAUAUAUAUAUGUGUGUGUUGAUCUCCCCACUCUCCAAAUCUGCAACUGCAAGAAAGCACACAACACCAGGAUUGCCAGCUGCCGCCCAAGUCUUCUCCUUAUGCCUUUUACGUCUGAAUCAACUUCCACACAUGCCAUUAACUAGCUAUUGCUCUCUCUCUCUCUCUCUCUCUCUCUCUCUCUCUCUCUCUCGUUGUUCCAGUUGCACAACACUAACAUAUAUUCCUGCUCUCCUACACAACUAAUAUAUGAGUUGCUUGCUUCUGCUACAAUUAAUUAUUAAGCUAAACCUAGAUCAUAUAUUCAUCAGAUAUUUGAUUAAUUAAUCCAUAAAAAUAUAUAGAUAUAUAGAAAUGGAGAAUAUUAAAGAAAAUUAUGUAAUUUAUGGAGGAGUGAAGAUGCCGGUUGGGUACCGGUUUCGUCCCACGGACGAAGAGCUGGUGAUUCACUACUUGAUGAGGAAGGUUCAUGCUGCCCCAUUGCCUGCUUCCAUCAUUCCAGAGUUUGAUGUCUUCGAAACUCAUCCCUGGGGCUUGCCAGGUGAUAUUAGGGAAACAAGGUAUUUCUUUUAUAAUGAAAAUAUGAAUAAGUAUGUUGGCAUCAACAGCAAGAGAGCUGCUGGUUGUGGGUACUGGAAACCUAUUGGCAAAAAGAAGCAAAUUGUUGCUAAUUCUAAAUCCAAUGAAGCCGUUGGGAUCCGGAAGACGUUGGGUUUCUGUGAAAGGAAGCGCCGCCGUUGCCACAACCACUACCACGAGAGUACUAGUACUACCACUCAAACUCGAUGGCUCAUGCAUGAAUACCGCCUCUUGGCUUGUCAAGCGAAUCCAACCCAGGCUUUCAAAGCGGAAGUGGGAAACUGGGUGGUGUUUCGCAUAUUUCAGAAAAAGAGAAGGCCUACUCAAAGAAUAUCAGAUGACAUGGGAGUAGUUUCUCAACGCUCAUCAAACUGCAAGAGGAAUCGAAGAUUAAUGGAGGAAUAUAUCUCUGCAGCUGAUCAUCGUUCACGACGUUCGGAUCCUGAUCUUACAACACUUUCUUCCCCAUCAUGCUCGAGUGAUAUCACUCAUGAGCUCACUUCCAAUGACAAUGGCGAGCUAGACGAUGAUCAGGAGGGACACAGUGUUAGCGUGCGGAUUAAUAUUUAGCUAAGCUAUUAUAUGUUGAUCACAUUAAUCUUGUCUUGUUUAAGAUCAGUAGUACUAAGUAAGAUAGCUUUGAUUAAGCUUCCUUAAUUCCGUAUAAUCCAUCAUGUAAUCCAACUAUCUUGCGCAACAAAUUAAAUGAGAAUGGCCACCAACACCAAGAGGCAAAUGAAGAGGCAUUCAUAUUAUUGUACCCUUCAAUUUUGUAAGGCUUAAUUAUGAGUACGAGCAUUAGAUAAGAAAAUUGAAAAUGGAACGCUGAAGGUUUAGUAA